UAUUAAGAAAAGAAAAUUAAAGUGAAUAGCAGAGCCUUAGCAACACAAAAAUGUUGCUCAGCUCCAAAAUAUCUCCACUCCCUUGUCUUCAUUCUCCAGCCCCUAAUCUCCCUACUGUCCUCGCCAAAUCUUUACCACCGUACUCAAGAACGCUAACUGCCCCGCUGAAAGGAUCUCGGCCACAGCUCACCCUUAUGGUCUCAUCAUCGUCGUCGUCAGAAAAUCAGGCGGCCGUCUUCGACAUCGCAUCUAAACCACAUGAUCAGGAUGCAGCGGAGGUUGUUAGGAGGUUCUACGCAGGAAUCAAUGGCCGUGAUCUGGCGUCGGUGGAGCCCUUAAUAGCGGAGAAAUGCGUGUACGAGGACCUUAUCUUCCCCCGUCCAUUCAUUGGUCGCAAGGAAAUUUUAGAGUUCUUCAAGAGUUUCAUGGAUUCAAUAAGCAAGGACCUCCAAUUUGCUAUUGAAGAUAUCUCUGCCGAGGAUUCAUCUGCUGUUGGAGUUACAUGGCAUUUAGAAUGGAAAGGAAAGGUUUUUCCCUUCAGCAAAGGUUGCAGCUUUUAUCGGCUAGAGAUGGUGGAUGGCACAAGGCAAAUAGUAUAUGGACGAGACGUUGUUGAACCUGCAAUCAAACCUGGGAAGACAGCUUUGGGUGCCAUCAGGGCCGUAACAUGGGUGCUACAACAAUUUCCUCAGUUGGCAAAACAGCUAUAAAUAUAACUAAGCUGGGGCAUGAGAGAACAUUCAUUUUUACUACAAAGGAAGGCGAGCGGUCUACCAAAUGAUUCUCAGCACCUCAAUUAAACUCUCAACAAGUUUACUGUAUUUGUAUAUAGAAAAUUGGCACGUGGUUUGUUACUUUGUUUCUAGUGGUGAGAUAUUCAUUAUUCAGAGCUUGCUUAGCCCUUAACAACUUUUCCCGACUUUGCAUGUACCUUAU